GGCGCUUCCCGUCCUUUUUUACGCGAUGACGUCACAUGUCCAACAUGGCUGUGCCCGUGCUGUCGAAGAAGUCACACUUGACAUAGAAGUAAUCUACGUACUUUUUACAUCGAUCGGGAUUCUUUGGCGUUCAUGAUUUUUUUUGAAAAUAAAUACACGUGUUAAUCUACAAGAUGAGUUUAGCGCGAAUGUGCGCGGCACUUCGUCCGUCAAGGUGCAUGAGUGUGCAGCUAAGAGGCUCAUUGCUGCAGAGUUGGUCCAAGUGUGCAGCCAGCAAGGUUCUAAGAGGCUCAUUGCUGCAGGGUUGGUCCAAGUGUCCACCCAGCGGGGUUCUGAGAGGCUCAUUGCUGCAGAGUUGGUCCAAGUGUGCAGCCAGCAAGGUUCUGAGAGACUCAUUGCAGCAGAGUUGGUCCAAGUGUGCAGCCACCGGGGUUCUAAGAGGCUCAUUGCUGCAGAGUUGGUCCAAGUGUGCACCCAGCGGGGUUCUAAGAGGCUCAUUGCUGCAGAGUUGGUCCAAGUGUGCGGCCAGCGGGGUUCUAAGAGGCUCAUUGCUGCAGAGUUGGUCCAAGUGUGCGGCCAGCGGGGUUCUAAGAGGCUCAUUGCUGCAGAGUUGGUCCAAGUGUGCAGCCAGCGGGGUUCUAAGAGGCUCAUUGCUGCAGAGUUGGUCCAAGUGUGCAGCCAGCGGGGUUCUAAGAGGCUCAUCCACGCUGCACGCAUCCCGCCGCGGGCUCUCCACCUCCACGCAGCCCCCCAGAGAUGUCCCCCUGUUCGAGCACGACAAGACGCAAUUCUUCCGCCUGUUGUCUCUCUUCUGCGGGGGCCAGUGCCUCUUCUGGACGUACCUGGCCCACCUGGCCUACACCGGCCUCAGAGACACGCCGGAGCCCGGGCGCAGCACCACCCUGUUUGGGGUGUGGCGCUUGGAAGUCAACCUGGGCUCCAGCGCCUGGAAGUACGGCUUCACGCUGGGAUGCACGACAGUGGGAGCGGCCAUCGUGGGCUUGGGCUUUCUCUUCUGUCGGCGCUCAGUCAGCCGGGUGGUGUUGCACCAGGGCGGCAGGAUGGUGUCCGUUUUUACGCAGUCGCCGCUGGGAAUGGGCCGCGGGCGUAAAAUAACGGUAGCGCUGUCCCAGGUCAGCUGCUAUGCUCACAGGCAGGAGUCCCCAUCCUUCAUCCCCCUCAAGAUUAAAGGACACAAGUUCUACUUUCUGUUGGACAAAGACGGCAAAGUCAACUACCCGAAACUGUUUGACACAACCGUUGGAACGUACCGUCCCUUUUGAUUUGCCUUUUUUUUUAGUUUGACCAGCCUUGAUUCAAACUAUUAUGUGUGACAGCUUACAAAUAAAAACAAUUUGCCAAAA